UGGUUGCUUGGGCCAAUGGACUGGCGGGCUGGGCCCGCGGGUUGGAAAGGCUAAUGGCUGUGGGCUGGAGUCAUUUUGUAAUUCAGCCAUGGCCUCUGAGAAGCCGCUUGUGACUGUGACCUGCACCGCGCCAGUCAACAUCGCGGUCAUCAAGUACUGGGGAAAGCGAGAUGAGGACCUGAUCCUGCCCAUCAACUCCUCUCUGAGUGUCACUUUACACCAGGACCAGUUAAAAACCACCACGACAGCUGUCAUUAGCAAGGAUUUCACCGAGGACCAGAUUUGGCUCAAUGGCCAGAAGGUGGAUGUAGGGCAGCCGCGCAUCCAGGCCUGCCUGAGAGAGAUCCGCCGCCUGGCCCGUAAGCGGAGAAGCGCUGAUGACAAGGACCCACUACCCCUCAGCCUCAGCUACAAGGUUCAUAUUGCAUCGGUGAACAACUUCCCCACGGCCGCAGGCCUGGCCUCCUCAGCCGCAGGCUAUGCCUGCCUAGCCUUUACCCUGGCCCAAGUCUACGGGGUUGAGGGUGAUCUCUCAGAAGUGGCUCGCCGGGGCUCUGGCAGUGCCUGCCGGAGCCUGUAUGGCGGCUUUGUGGAGUGGCAGAUGGGGGAGCGAGCUGAUGGGAAGGACAGCAUUGCCCGGCAGGUGGCCCCUGAGUUGCACUGGCCUGAACUCCGAGUCCUCAUCCUUGUGGUGAACAGUGAGAAGAAGCUGAUUAGCAGCACAGUGGGCAUGCAGACCAGCGUGGAGACCAGCCCACUGCUCAAGUUCCGGGCCGAGGCGCUGGUGCCAGCUCACAUGGCAGAGAUGACCCACUAUAUCAAAGAGAGGGACUUCCAGGGCUUUGGCCAACUGACCAUGAAGGAGAGCAACCAGUGCCAUGCCACCUGCCUGGAUACUUUCCCACCUAUCUCUUACCUCAACGACAUCUCCAGGCGCAUCAUCCAACUGGUGCACCGCUUCAACACCCACUACGGAGAGACCAAGGUGGCGUACACGUUUGACGCAGGCCCCAACGCCGUGAUUUUCACCCUGGAUGACACUGUAGCUGAGUUUGUGGCUGUUGUGAUGCAUAGUUUCCCCCUUGAGUCAAAUGGAGACAAGUUUCUGAAGGGACUGCCUGUGAGGCCUGCCCCGCUUUCAGACAAGCUUAAAGCUGCGCUAAGCAUGGAUCCUACCCCCGGCGGCAUCAAAUACAUCAUUGCCACUCAGGUAGGGCCCGGGCCUCAAAUCCUGGAUGACCCUCAUGCUCACCUCCUGGGCCCCGACGGCUUGCCAAAGCCAACAGCUUGACCGCUGAUCCUCAACAGGAGUCCUGGCCACCACUUGGAGAAGGGGCCACUUUGCUGGGACUGGGGAGACGGGUGUGGCAGCAGCAGGGGUGUGCUUGUUGGGACUGAUGGGUGGCCGCUAGGUCCCAGGCCCAGCAGAGUGCCGUGGGUGAGUUGGGGCACUGGAAUGACCACCUGCAAGCACCUAGGUGGUCAGAAGCGGGCCUCCCACCAAGUGCCUCACCUUCCCCACCUGUACCAAUGAAGUGCUGAGAUGAGGGCUGGGAUUGGAUGUGGGACCUGGAGGACCCAGCUGAUGGGGGUGAGCUGCCAUGUGUCCCAGUGAAGGAUUUCUGGCCCUAUUCCCACUGGGGCAGUUCCCACUGCCCACAGCUGGAGCUGGGCACCAGAGAUGGUGGGGAAUUGGCAUCCCUCCUUGGAGCUCAAAGACUGGUCACUGCGAAGGAAGCAACCUCUGCAGCCUCAAGAGCCUGCCACAGAGUGCUUUGAACAUGUCCGUCCUAACUCCUCUGCCAGAGCUCAAGCCACUGGGUGUGGAUGGAAUGCUUCUUCAUAAAAAGACCAGGAAUGUGACUCCGGCAGGAGGUGGGGGAGCCAAGGUGUGCAGUCACAUGAGAACCCCAUCAAUUGGCCACUGGGAAUAAAGCCAGCAUUGCUGAUUGGGUCUGGCAUUCUAUGUAA